AUGCCACUCCAGCCUGUUGAACUCGCGAGCCUUCGGCCGUUUCCGCUUCCCAAACUGCUCAAGAACCUCCCGGCGCAAUUCUUGGCCGACUUUUCCCGUCUGUAUGAAUUGGUGCAAGGGUUCGUCGAGGAACUACCAAAAUACAGAGAAACACAAGCACAGAUUGUGGAUGUGGCCAAUCAACAAAUAGAACUUGUCAACGAGAUUGUGCAAAUCCUAGAGGAAUACGAGGCCAAGUCGGCGCACAUCUCGCGGCAGUUGAAAACCAUGGAAGAGCUCUACCGGGAGUUUCUCAAUCUCGAAACGUAUCAGUACCAGCUGCUCAGCUCCAACUUCAACCAGAAUUUUCUCCGGACUAAGUUUGGCCGGCUCGCCGAAGCCAGCGACAAAGAGUCGGUGCUGCUUGUCCGCAACAAGAAAUCUUUGGCGGAGCUGGAUCUCGCGUCGUUUCUACUGGAGUUCAAACAGAAGCGCAAGGAGUACCACCUCCGCAAGGAAAAAUUGAAUCGGUGGGAGGAGGACCGAGUGAGCGGGUUUAUCUGA